GUGAAGUGUGCAGUGGAACGCGGAAGUAGCUGCAUGAUGAUCCUUCCAAUAUUGAAUGGAACAUGCUUGGUGGAGUACUAGGUGCUUUAAUAUACACGGGGUUGGAUAGGAAUUCUUACAUAAUACCUUUGUUAAAGAUUCUUGUUUUAGCUGAUCAUGCCUAGGCUUGAAUAUGUGUUCUCUUGCUUCUUGAUGUUACUUUGUGCUGUAAGAAAUCCAGCUGCUGACGCCUCUUGCCCUGGCAUUGUUGUUCAGAGAGAAAUACUAAACAGAGGUUUUCACAGGGAUUUGGUGACCAGACUGGACCUCCACACUUUUGCAGAGCAGGUGGACAGCUGUAGAGUUCACUUUCUAGAAAGUAUCCCAUCUGGUCUAUUUUUGGAUCCAUAUCAGCUCUCAUCUCUACGGCAGCAUAAUUUCACUGACGUUUUCCUAUUGACAGCAGUUGAUCUGGAAGCUCCUGAAUAUCUAGCCACAGAACAAAAAGCACGGGUUUAUGCUAAACCAGACCCAGCAGUAUGUGCACAUUGCUUUUCUUCCAUAGUACCAAUCCAUACUCGAUACCACCAACCAUCUUAUUUCUCUGAGGCAUCUAUCACUUUGCAGAGCCCUCAGCUACUGAUUCACUGCAACAAAGAUUUCCCUCCCAGUGGCUGCACACAUUACCCUGUAUCAGAAGCUCCUUGUGGAUUAGAAGACGAUAGCGUGUGUAGCUGGCUGCAUUUACCAUAUACUGCAGUUCCUAAGACCAUAAUUAUGCAAGUGCCAGUGGGAAUGACACAACACAAAGCAGUUGUGUGCACAGUGACUAUUGCAGUGACAUUGAUUUGUGCUGGGAUGAUUCUUCUUGCUGUGUACAAACAUGAUCAUUAAGUAACAUGGAAUGUUGGAAUGAAGAUCAUCUGCCAAUAUCAAUUUAUAUUUCUGUAACUUCUAGAAUUUAACUUUUUUCUAUGUCUUAUUACACGUGUAUUUUCAAUAUGACCAGGCAUUUGAAAGCAUAGAUUCUAUUCAUUCAUUUCUCCGAGACAAUUUAUUCAUCCGUACAAAGAAUUAAUGCAUAAAAACCUGUGCACCGAGGAUCUAAGAGUGAAACAUUUUUUUUGGAAGAGAAUAAAGUACUGCAAUAAUAUUUUA